AUGCGCGCUCCAGAAAAUUGGCCAAAGCCACUCGUCUCGGCACUAUCGAUCCUGGCAUUCCAUGCCCUCGCCGCUUAUGGCUCGCGGACGAGCUCCGAGACGGCCGUGACCGACGUAUGCGAGUCGAGGACCAUCAACUACAUCACCCACACCCUCCCCCAGCAGUGCCUACGGACCUCGUGGACGAGCCCCACCCCAGCGGUAAACGAGGGCGCAGACGUGACCGCAGUUACGGCCACAACCGAUGACUCGUCGAACCAAACCGCCUCUGGGGCGACCACUGCUGCCCCGGGCACCGUCACGGUCACCGAGACCCCCGAAUCGGCCCAGGAGAACACCACGGCGCCCGAACAAGAUGGGCAAGAGGAUCUGGCCGCCAGCUCCUUUAUGUCAUUUGAGGAGUGGAAGGAGAUGAUGCUUCGGAAGUCGGGACAGGACCCUGCCAAUAUUGAAGCGCAGAAGCGGCGCGAGCGUCGGGAACGGGAACGGGGACCAGCCGCCAACGCCGGUGACACGGACAGCUUUGGGGAAGAGGGGGAAAUAUCGCUCGAUUUUGACGCCCUUACAGAAAAGGUCUCUGAAAUCGCCUCGUCGGCGGACAAGACAGCACCGAAAACUGAGGAAACGAAGCAAGAACAGCCGAUCUUCUACGACGACGGUAAGACGCAGUACUACCGAAGCAAAGACGCUGGGAAGACCUGCAAGGAAAGGUUCUCGUAUGCCUCGUUUGACGCUGGUGCGACCGUCCUAAAGACAAGCCCCAAAGCACAAAAUGCAAAGGCCGUCCUUGCCGAAAACAAGGAUUCUUAUAUGCUCUUGGAGUGCCGCAGCAAGAACAAGUUUAUCAUUGUCGAGUUGAGCGAUGAUAUUCUAGUCGAUACCGUCGUCUUGGCCAACUUUGAAUUCUUCUCCAGCAUGAUUCGCAAGUUCAAGGUCAGCGUUAGCGAUCGCUACCCUGUGAAGCUGGACAAGUGGGUGGACCUGGGCACCUUUGAGGCACGCAACUCGCGGGACAUACAAGCCUUCCUGAUUGAGCAUCCCCAGAUCUACACCAAGUACAUCCGUAUCGAGUUUCUGACUCACUGGGGGAACGAGUUCUACUGCCCGGUGUCCUUGCUCCGUGUCCACGGCACUCGCAUGUUAGAUACAUGGAAAGAACCCAAUCACGACGACGAGCAGGAACAGAUCGAUCGGCCAGCCCAGGACCCAGUCACCGAGACGCCCAAGGUACAGGAAGAGCAAGUCGUUGAUGACAAUCCCCCUGUGGCCCAGGAACCAGAGCCUGUACCGCAUGUCCACAUCGAAACUGGCCUUACCCUAUGGCGCCCACUCGGUGAACUGUCGUACGGGACGUGUAAAUCGCGUUCCCCCACAACGGCCAGGACUACACACACCGUUGCAAGCUCAGACAGGCUUGCCAAACGAGCUUCAACCCCUUCAGAAUCGCCGGUCCCGCCGCCACCGGCGGCUUCGCCUGCUGAUGAAGGGCCUCGAUCCGGCGGUUCGCCUCCGGCCGAGUCAGGAUCAUCUGGAACGCCAGCAUCCCAGAAGCAGCCGGCGGGAGAUACACCUUCCGGUGCCCCUUCAGCCCCACCGCAAGCCAGUGAUAACGGCAUGGCCAAUAAUUCGACCCAGAAACCUUCUGAUGCGAGAAGAGACAGCGCAGAGAGCGCAUCAGCUUCCACCCCAGCCGCCACGGCCACCCCUCGUGACAAAACGGCAACUACUUCCUCAGCAGCCGCUUCGCCUACCGUGCAAGAAUCUUUCUUCAAGACAGUAACCAAGCGUCUACAAUUGCUGGAAUCCAACACGUCUAUGUCCCUUCAGUACAUCGAAGAGCAGUCACGCUUCUUGCAAGAUGUACUCCUCAAGAUAGAGCGGAAGCAAAUCACACGUGUCGACUCUUUUCUUGACAACCUCAACAAGACGGUCCUCUCGGAACUCCGCAACGUGCGCACCCAGUACGAUCAGAUUUGGCAGAGCACCGUCCUAGCCCUCGAAACUCAGCGCGAUCAAUCCCAGCGCGAGGUCGUCGCGCUCACCUCACGUCUCAACAUACUCGCCGACGAAGUAGUUUUCCAGAAGCGCAUGGCCAUUCUACAAAGCGUUCUCCUCCUCUCUUGUCUCGUCCUCGUGAUAUUUUCUCGCGGGGGUCUCGCGGCUCUAGAUAGCGCUUCUUUCCCGACGUUCCCACCAGCCUCUGCUACCGCCGGUUACCGCCGUUACGGCUACGCCCGUUCUGAUUCGAUUUCUGGCAUGUCCCCGCCUAACGCCUCACGUCCUCAGUACCCCAAUGGAGGCCCAUCCCCUAUCAACGAGGUCAAUUCCGACCUCAGCCUCAACACCGGUAACGCGGACCACAGCCUCGCGGCCUCUGCUCUCCCGCGACACUUAUAUCCAACCACGACUUCUUUCAAAGACAAAUCUCUCCCUCUAACCCCUCCUUCAGAAUACAGCCGCGAGAGCACACCCGCAACCACAACCCACCAUCAUAACCUCAACCAGAGCAGCCCCGACCCCACACGUAACGAACAAGAUCACGGACGCGAACGCGGCCAUGAUGAUACCGGAACACCUUCCCGCGCUCAAAGAGGGCAAGGACUACAGCGCAACCGAACAACCUACUCUGGGGGAGUGCAAGAGCGGAUCCCAGAAGAGGCGGACGAAGACGUGGAAGAAGAAGACCCGGCGGAGGAGGAAAGGGAGCGAGGGGCCCAAGGGCAUGGGCAAAACCAAGAUAAGCCCCCGGUCCUUAGAUCACGAUCUGCUGUGUUGCCAUCAAGCGCCAGCGGUGGGCUCAGGAAGCCUUUGCCUGCGUUGCCCGAGGACCCAAAUUAA